AUGGCCGUCAGUAAUAUCGUUUGCGAAUGGUUGCGUGCUCUUGGUUUAGCUCAGUAUGCCGAAAGUUUCCUGGAUAAUGGUUAUGAUGAUUUGGAAAUUUGCAAACAAGUCGGUGAUCCAGAUUUAGAUGCCAUCGGUGUUGAAAAUCCCUCACAUCGUCACAAGCUGCUCAAAAGUAUACGACAGCUGCGUGAAAAGGGUGCUGCCUCCGUCUAUUUCAUGUUAAAUGAUCCCAAUUCGUUGGCAGGCAGUACGGAGAUCUUAUGUGAAACACCACCACCCAGUGAAUUGGAUAUGGUCAUUAGGGAGCAGCUAGAAACGGAUGGUGUACGUUUAACUGCACAUCCUUAUUCCACACCGGAUGGACAACGUGGUCAUUUAGAAGGUCUAGCAUCCGUUUAUUGUGAAUUGUUAAUGGCUCCCUUUGGAGAUAUUUUAAGUGCUUUAGAAAAUGCUAGACAAGCAGCCUGGGCUGAACGUAGCCCUAUGAAUCCCGCCGGUGGCAGUGGCAGCAGCGGUAGUGGCAGUGGUGUCAGUGGCAUUGCUACACAACGACUACACGGUCAUCGUGGCAGUUCCACACAUGGCGGCCAUUUGCCCAAUAGUCAUAGUCAACCCAUAUAUGUGCCAGGAAAAUAUUCGCCCUCAAGUUGCCUGUCGGACAAGGAAGAAGAUGAAAUUUAUGGUUUCGGUUAUGGUGUUUUUGCACCACGCGUUGCUCGUGGUGCUCUAACGCAACAGCAACAUUUUAUCCAGCAACAAACGCUGCAUCAGGCGCAGCUCGCCCAACAACAACAGCAGCAACAACAACAAUUAUCUAUGAUGCAAGGUGCUGUCUCACAUCACCAGCUGCAACAGCAACAACAACCGCUGCCAACACACCCACAAGGUUUACAAUCUAUCCCGCCCAAUGCUGCCCAUCAUUUAAAUUUUGUGCAACAAAAUUGUUUAAGUCCACGUUCCGCCUAUUUUUAUGAAUUUCCUCCCACAACGGAGGGUCGGGAAACUAAAAAACGCACAACUUUAGCUCGUUUAUUAAAAGGUUUGAAGACAGUAAAUCGAAGAGAUCGCACCCAGCAACAACAAACAACAGCCCAAGCACAAGUGAGAGCGGCAAAUGAACGUUUACGACAUUUUCAAACAUUAAAUGGUGGUCAUCAGCACAGUUUCGAAGAGACUAUUCACCGGUUAAAAGUACAAGAAGCAAUGCGUAAAAAGGAAAAAUUUCAAAGGGAACAUGAAGAGAUCCUGCGUGACAUACGACAGGGCUUAUUGCAAAUGAGCAGAGAGGGUAAAAUUGAUGACACUUAUAUGUAUGAUGAUGCAUUACGUGGUCCCCAUUAUGCUGUUAGUGGCAUUCACCCGCAAGGACACUGGUACGAUGAGCCACCAUAUGAAAGUGAUCCCGAUGAUUUUCUCAUGGCGGGUAUUAAUUGUGGUCCAGCAGCAACAAUACAGGGCGGCCGUGUACGUUUCACCUCAAAUCGUGAUAGUACUGGUGUCAUUUCAUUAAGAUCUGCCGGAGAUAUAUCGCUACCACAUCGAGGACCACCGAGAAGAGGUCUUAUCGUACCUCAACAACCACCAAAUCCACCGACAAUAAUUCCUUUAACCCAUGCAAGAUCCCAUGACAGAGAAAGUGGUGAUUAUGCUGGCUCUAUAUCAGAUUUACAAAGUGUUACAUCCCGCCUUAGUACAGUAUCGAUUGCUACCAAUAAUUGCACGGCACGUUAUCGUACUCUAAGUGGAGGCAUUGGAGAAUCACCCUCUUUGUCACCCAGUCCUUCUUCGGAUUAUGAAGAUAUUGGAGCUACACGUGCAUUACCACCCAGUCUGGCGGCCAAGGCUAAAAAGAAUGGAGCUGUGGCGACAAAAUCAAAUACUAUGAGCCAAAAGGCUACGGUACAUCAUACUAACGAAAUGCGAAACUCACCAAAGGAAAUUGGCACAUUUAAUGAGAAUGGCGUGCGAAACUUUGUUGCCACAAAGGAUACUUCAAGGGAUUUUAGCAAUUCUCAAGAUAAUACAGAUCGAGGAAGUAUGAGUGAUCAAGCCUUUGCUUGUUCAGCAAGUUCGGUCGAAAGUUUACCCAGUGCUUCCGGUUCAAGCACUCAAGCUUUAGUACGUCCAGGCAGUCCACAAAGUUCCAUAUCCACAGAUGAUCGUACCUCGUUAGCACCAUCAAUAUGUAAAGCAAAAGCACUUGUCGACAGUAUGGCAAAUCCUUAUGAUAAGGAUGCACUUAAAUUUAAGAAAGGUGACAUAAUCGACGUGUUGUCAAUGAACGCUUCUGGCAUUUGGAAGGGUCGUUGUCAUGGCCGUUUAGGUCACUUUAAGUUUAUCAAUGUUGAAGUGCUGCCAGAUCAACGUUUAAAACAUUCGCAUAGUAAAAAUUUAGCCGGCUUGACGGGUAAAGGCAUGAGUGGUGCUCAUACAACGGGUGGACGUCAUCUCAAUCAUAAUAAUGGUCCUCAUUCUGUGGAGGAUUUAUUAAUGCGUAUUGGUUUAAAGGAAUACACAUCCGUAUUUGUUUUAAAUGGCUACGAAGACCUGGAACUUUUUAAAGAGCUUGAACCUGCUGAUUUAGAUUAUUUGGGUAUAGUUAAUCCAGACCAUCGUGCCAAAUUGUUAACAGCUGUGCAGCUUUUACAUGAUAUGGAUUGCACUUCUAACUUCCCACAAACCGGUUCCGAUGUUGAUAUUGCCGGUUCGAGUUCGGAAAACGAUGAGGCUCGAUUAAACAAUAUCAACAAGAAGCAUGGAGCUUCACCCUUCGGACGAAGACAUUUUCCCCGAGAUUCUGGCUGUUAUGAAGGAUCUCCCGUGCCCACCUCUCAAACACCCACACAAACCUUAACCUCCACCGAUGACAACAACAGUCUUGAUGAUGUGGUAACAAAAUGUUCGAGUGAAAUAAUGAAAAGAGUCGAGAGUGCUCGAAGAAUGAAAGAUAAUCCAUUUAAAACCAACACCGCUUUAACCGGAAGAGUGGGUAAAAAAGGACUUUUGGGCACCGGUCUAUUACCCGACGAUACUUUAACACGUGGCGGCGGGCUAAGUGAGAAGUCUAGUGAUUCGGGUGUUAGUAGUAGUUCGUUGUCUUCGGGUCCCAUGAAAAAUAGCACUUAACAUUUGCCCACCAUACUCGCCCAUGAACUGCUAUUGGG